AUGGAGACAGACGAACAUAAUGUACAAAAUCUCAGGAAGAGAAAAAAUAUCUCUGAUGAUGACGAUAUUAACGGUGAUGACGCUCGUGGUGGUGCUGAUGAUGGAAACAAUAGUGACAAUAAAUAUAAGAGACAUGAUAAUUCUAGAGAUGACGUUCUAACUGAUAGUACUAUAAGACCGUUCUCAAACAUCGCUGAGGGAUAUGAUGAUGGUACGGAUACUGAAAUACCAAUACCAGAAAUAAAGAGGGAGAGAAAAAAGAAAAAUACACAACGCAACGACAAGCCCAAAACGCAGCGAUUGUUAUUAUCGAAUAGCGAGCCCACGAAACGAAUAUCGACGUCACAGCAGCACGGUGUCGAUUCCACCUCCUCGCGCCGAUUCAAGGGUACCACCGCAUCGCAAACUACAUCCAAAAAAGAGAGUAAAAAGAAAGGAAAGAAGGAUACGAACAAGCUCACCACAGAUGAUGCGACCACGCGCCACAUCGGCGGUACAGCCACAGCGCAGAGAUCCAAGAAUAAGAAAUCGUUACCAUCGCAAAAGGAAAGAAAAAAAGACAGAAUUAGCGAUACGGAUACACGCUCAACAGAGUCGCAACUGGAAACAGAAUCCACCAGUGCAACCUCGGCAAAACCAAAAGAGAGAGACCGUGACAGUGAUGAUAAGAAAGACGAUACAGAGUCGCAGACGGUAGCAGAAAUCACGAGUGCGUCCUCGGCAUCUCUAAAUGAGAGAGAUCACGACAAUGAUGAAAAGAAAGACGAUCAGUCCAAGAAACAACAAAUAUUGUUAUCGGAUAACGAGUCCAGAAACGAUGUCGUGCUACACAGCGAAACUGUGCCGAGUCCAAAUUAUGAUAAUAGUGGCGACAAUUUACACAACGAGGCUGACACCACACCGCAAACAUUAACAUUAUCGAAAAGACAAAAUAUUAGCGAUGCGCCGUCGUCCGAAGAAAAUAUAAAGCACCAGACGAGCACCAAACGACUAAAAAUAUGCGAUGCCAAUAUUACUUUAUUGUCACCCAAAAGAAAGGGUGACAAGCAGAAGCAAAUUAUCGGCAAGAUUCUGAAAGAAUAUAAGAUAACUAGCCUAAAGACGAUGCCGAGAAAAAAUUAUCGGCAAGCUUCGGAAAAGUAUAAGAUGAAAAAAUUAUCGGCAAGCGUCUGA